AUGUUGGCACUUCGGAGAUUUAUAUUAAACCGAAGGUCUUUGAGAUCGUGUACUAUACCGGUUCUAGUCGGGGCCUUAAUCAUUAUUUUUGUGCUAUUCCAACUAGUUACACACCGGGAUGAUGCACUUUUACAGUCUCUACGAUCGAGCAAUGUAAACGGUACAAAAAAAGCAACGCUGAACGAUUCCGAUCGUAAAGUACUUAUUGAGGCUUUCGGCUCCCCCGAAGUCGAUUCAGUAUAUAGUAUUCCAGUAUCCCCACUUGAAUUGGUUCCAUUUUAUGACCAGUUUAUAGAUGCCAAAAGGAAUUCUAGUUGGUUACUCAAUAGAAAGAGCUAUUAUAAACAUUUCAACGAAUUAAGCUUGACUGAUAGAUGUAAAUUUUACUUCCGGACGCUGUACACGUUAGAUGAUGACUGGACUAAUAGUGUUCAGAAACUAAUGUACAGCAUCAAUGAUGAUGAAGAAAUUGACGAAGUUAAAGAUUCAGAGGGAAAGCCAAUGGAUGAGAAAUCCGAGAAGCUAUAUCGCAGGAAGAAUGAUAUGUUCCUAGGAUUUGAGAGAAUAAGAGCUUAUGAUAAAUGUUUUAUGCAGAAUAAUCCUGUUAAUGUUCAGGAAAUUUUUCCAAAAAGUGAUAAAAUUUCGAAAGAGAGGGUUCAAUCAAAAUUAGUCAGAACAUUAAAUUCUACCUUCCCUGAUUAUGAUUCAAACAAUUUUAAGAAAUACGACCAAUUUGAAUUCGAGCACAAAAUGUUCCCGUUCAUAAAUAACUUUACUACAGAGACUUUUUAUGAAAUAAUUCCAAAAAUCACAUCACCUUUUGGAAAAGUACUAGAGCAAGGUUUAUUACCCAAGUUCAAUGAUAAAACAGGUAAAGUGGACGAGUACUUCAAAUAUGAAUAUAAUCCAACAAAAACCUUCUGGGCAAAUUGGAGGGACAUGAGCGCCAGAGUAGCCGAUCGUGGUAUUGUAUUGAGUUUAGGUUCUAACCAAUUUUCAUUAGCCGUUAAGUUUAUUGCUGCCCUAAGGUUUGAAGGGAAUACAUUACCAAUCCAAGUUGUCUAUAGAGGCGAUGAGCUAUCGCAAGAACUAGUGAACAAACUUAUAUACGCUGCCAGAAGUCCUGAUUUCAAACCAAUAGAAAACAAGUACGAUAAUUCUACUAAUGUUCCACAAGAAAUUUGGUUUUUAGAUGUCUCUAAUACCAUACAUCCUAAGUGGCGAGGUGAGUUUGGUAGUUAUAAAAGUAAAUGGCUAGUUGUUCUACUCAAUCUUUUGCAAGAAUUUGUCUUUUUGGAUAUUGAUGCCAUCAGUUAUGAAAAGAUUGAUAACUAUUUCAAGACCACAGAAUACCAGAAAACAGGAACAGUCUUUUUCAGGGAAAGAGCUCUGAGAGAAAACGUACAUGAAAGAUGUAUUGCUAGAUAUGAAACUCUAUUACCUAGAAAGCUUGAGUCCAAAAAUUUUCAGAACUCACUUCUUAUCAAUCCUGAUCAUGCUCUCAAUGAAUGUGACAAUCUUUUGACCACAGAAGAAUACAUAUUUAAAGCCUUUUUUCACCAUAGAAGACAGCACCAGCUAGAAGCUGGUUUAUUUGCUGUAGAUAAAUCAAAACAUACGAUACCUCUAGUGCUUGGUGCUAUGAUUCAUUUGGCCAAACAUACAGCUCACUGCACACAUGGUGAUAAAGAGAAUUUUUGGUUGGGGUUUUUAGCCGCAGGUCAUCCUUAUGCACUACAAGAAGUGUAUUCCGGGGCUAUUGGUGAUUAUGUAAAAAAAACUGACCUUAACGGAAAGAGGCAAGAAGCUGCAGUCGAAAUAUGCUCAGGGCAAAUAGCACAUAUGUCUACUGAUAAGAAAACAUUACUUUGGGUAAAUGGUGGGGGGACCUUUUGUAAGCACGAGAAUGCGGCUAAAGGCGAUUGGGAUAAAGACAACGGCGAUUUUACAAAAUUCAAAAAUCAAUUCAAUACUCUGGAAGAAAUGGAAGAAUAUUAUUACCUAACUCCAAUUAGCAGCAAAUACGUGAUCUUACCUGAUCCAAAAUCGGAUGAUUGGCAUAGGCCUUCGGCGGGAGCUUGCGGCGGUUAUAUAUGGUGUGCAACUCACAAAACCCUCCUGAAACCAUAUAGUUAUACCCAUAGAACUACUCACGGGCAAUUAGUCCCUCUAGAUAGUGACCAGCGUCUAUAUAUUGACGCUGUUAACACUGUUUGGUCACAUACUAAUAAAGACAAAACCAGAUCAUUUACUGAAGAUGAGAUUAAGGAAUUAGAAAAUCUGGGACACGAACAAAACUAG